AUGUCCUCAAACAAGCCACGCGCCGCCCGUGCUUGUAGUGGAUGUCGCAAACUCAAAACGCGCUGUUACGAGUCUAGAUUGGCAGGAGGCUCAUGUCUGAGGUGUGAGAAGCUGGGUGCUCAUUGUUCAUUGGCCUCUGAGCGAAGUGCGAGACCUUCAAACGAUCUAGCUCAACACGGUUUGGCAAGCAGCACGCAGGACGCCAGACUUGCUCGCCUUGAGAAAGCCGUGGACCUUAUCCUAGGUCGACUUGGGAUCGAUAUAGACGACGAAACUGUGCCAGAUUUCACAUCAUCCCGCCCGUCGCUCGAUGAACAGCCAGAACCACCAAGCAUCGCGAAGGAUACGGCAGCGGCUCCCGUCUUUGUCAUUCGAGACCUUGCUACAGAGAUCGGCGUAGAAUCUCCAUCCGCGAUUCGCAGCGCCCACACAGUAACAGAUGCUGGAGACUCAGACUUGAUCGUAGACGGGCUUGUGUCAACGCAACAAGCUGUAGGUCUACUAAGCAUCUUCACCUUGCACUAUGGUCGCUGGGUAUUCGUCGACACUGUGAUAUCUCCGGAUAAACUGCUUGAUGAGGUCAAACGAUCACCACUGCUUUUAUGUUCGUGUUGCCUUAUCGCUGUCCGACACACCAACGAAGAGCUUGCCUCGAGCCUAGCACCAGAGCUUUUUGAAAAGUCGAAGGCCCUUCUCUCCGCGACACUACUCUCCACCACGCAAAGUACCGACUUCUUUCAGGCAGCUCUCAUCUUGUGCAUGUGGUCCACCACAGUGGGCCAAGUUCCCCUGAGCAUCGACAGCUGGCUGCUGAGCGGCUUCGCCAUUCAGCACUGUAUCUCGAGUGAACUUUUCGAAAAUGUGCUUAGCCAUGGCACUCCAAGCACCAAGCGCGAUUUCGGACUAUUGAGGCUCUGGAAUCAUCUUUGUUUGGUGCACUUGCACUAUUCGGUAGGGACGAGGCGCAAAUCCAUGGUCGGUCGGACGCAAGUCGAUAGGUGCCGAGAUAUACUGUCCUCUGAACAUGCAACAAAUUUCGAAGCCCGGAUGGUGGCAGAAGUCACCUUGUACUGGAUUCUGUACGAACACUGCUGUCUGACAGAAGUCGACCUCCCCAAGGCACAAUCUGCGUUGCAUCAGUGGAGACAGAACUGGAAAUCCGUCCUAGAUGAGCCUCGGUCACAGUUUCUUGAAAUGGGAUUUCUAUUUGCUCAGCUCCUUGCCUACGAUCAGUCUCUGAAAACUCGAUCCGCAAGGGUUCGAGAGAGUCUACUGUCAGAGAUGGUGCGUCUUUCGUCUGCGAUCAUGACGCUUGCUAUGGAAACAACAGAUGAUCGCACGAAGCACCUCAGUGACCACAUUUACCACAUGAUCACGUUCGCAGCGGUCACUCUAUGUAGACUACUGCAUAUGUACGAAGAGCAGUUGGCGCUCUCCCACAACAUCGCGGAGCUGGACUCGCUGGUCGCGACACUUGUACCCUGGCUCAAGUCCAUCGGUCUCUCCUGCCACGCCGCCUUCACGCUUGGUGACAUUGUUGCCGCUUUCCACAAGAAGCUGCGUCCUCUCGCAGGACCGUCGCCGGUGACUUCUGAGGAGCAGGACUUCUGGGCAGACAUGUCGUUCUGGGCUUCCUUCCCAGAUAUACUUGGGCCAGAACCGACGAGGACGACUAACUGGGACUUUUUACCGGGCUGGGAAACAUUAAAAUGA